AUGACAAUUUUUUCUACAAUUUCAUCAAUGAGCAAUGUUUCAUCAUCAUCAAAAUCAAAAAUUUCUUUAAUGGCAAAUUCCAAUGGUGGUCAAUCAUUAAAUAAUAUUUCGUGUGGUGGUUGUGGUGGUAGUAGUAGUGGUGGUAUUGUUUAUACCGGUCCAAGUGGUCGUUCAUACACACUUCCAGAAUUAAUUGCAGUAGGUGUUGCUCAUACUAAAGCCUUUUUGAUGGGUGCUUCAGGAAGUGGAAACUGCAGUUGUUAA